AUAUAAAGCCUUUACAUUAUAUUUAACCGGUGUAAGCGAUCGCAUUCAGAAAUGGACAGACGCAUGAUUGGCAGCUCUUAAAGCAAUGAUUGAUAGCGGUGGUGCGUUGUUAAUGCGUGAAGUAGGCGGGGCUCCCGAGAAUAACAGUAAAAAUGAUUGGACGAUAGAACGGUAAGUUGAGACGAAGGGAAUCUCGCGGUGUUGGUUGUAUUGAAUGCUACCACGAGUUAUAUUCUCAUAGAUUGUAUAUGGCCGGGUCGAUAGUUAGUUGAUUUCAGUUGUUUGUAGGCCGUACACGAACUUAAGGCCGUCCAUCCCAUGUAACAGCGAUUAGAAGACAACUUUAAGAAUGACAUGGCUGGCAAUAAGCAGAGUUCUGUGGACGUGGUGUAAUUGUGGAGAGGGGAAAGUUUGUCGACAGUGAAUGAAGGAGAUUAGGCAGUACCCCUCAUACAACCUCAACACGAGUUCCAACUAGCUAGAAACAAGACUACUCACAUUGUGUUCUCUUUGCUACAUGAUCAGCCAAAAUGCGGAGUAAUGGUGUUUGUACCAUAAUACUGUACUUUCUUGGAGUAGCCAUUGUUUCGUCUGUUCCUGGCAUCUAUUCAUCUGAGAAUGUACGAACUUGUGAACCUAUUCGGUUUGAUAUGUGUAAAGGAUUGGGCUACAAUGUUACUGGGAUGCCCAAUUUAGUGGCCCACAAUGAUCAACGAGAUGCUGUUUUACAGUUACAAACAUUUACCCCCCUCAUUCAGUAUGGAUGUUCCAAACAACUUAAGUUUUUCCUCUGUUCGGUUUAUGUGCCAAUGUGUACAGAAAAAGUUAUGGAGCCGAUUGGUCCGUGUCGCCCGAUGUGUGAAAGUGUCAGGAGCCGCUGUCAACCAGUUCUCAACGAGUUUGGCUAUCCUUGGCCGGCAGCACUCAACUGCUCCAAGUUUCCGCAAAGGAAUGACCAAACCCACAUGUGUAUGGAUGGUCCAGGGGAUGAGAUAGAGGAUGAUCUACCUCUACCAAAGAAACCCCAUCUUCCCCGAGGACCCCAGAGCAGCACAGAUACACCCGGACGCAGCAUCCGACCCCCACAUUUCUCUAAAAGUUGUGAAAAAUACCGAAACGCAUCGAAAUAUAUUUAUAUCAAUCGGACGGAGAGGUGUGCGUUGUUGUGUUUAGAAAACGAUGCGUUCACCAGCAAGGAUAAAUUAUUUGCAGAUGUUUGGAUGGCUAUAUGGGCAGGUUUGUGCUUCGUGUCCACUUUCUUUACAGUAUUGACCUUUCUGAUCGACUCUCAGAGAUUCAAAUAUCCCGAGAGACCCAUCAUUUUUCUAUCAAUGUGUUACAACAUUUACAGUAUCGCCUACAUUGUUCGUUUGUUGGCUGGUCGAGAGUCUAUAGCAUGCGAUACAGAAAGUCAAAGUGGCAAGGCAAUACUGAUCCAAGAAGGGUUAGAAAAUACGGACUGUGCCAUAGUGUUCCUUUUGCUAUAUUUUUUCGGUACUGCCAGCUCACUGUGGUGGGUGGUGUUAACUUUUACGUGGUUUUUGUCCGCGGGGUUAAAAUGGGGACACGAAGCUAUACAACUCCAUAGUAGCUAUUUUCAUCUCUUCGCAUGGGCUAUCCCCGCCAUAAAAACUAUCGUGAUUCUAGUGAUGAGGGAUGUUGAUGCUGACGAGCUCACUGGAAUCUGUUAUGUCGGAAAUCAGAACACACAGACUCUUCUGGGAUUCGGCAUCGCGCCUCUUAUUGUUUACCUCUUGUUAGGAACCGCAUUUCUCGUUGCUGGAUUUGUGGCAUUAUUCAGGAUUAGGAAACAAGUCCGCUGUGACGGUGUGAAAACGGACAAACUUGAGGUUCUGAUGGUGCGAAUUGGCAUCUUUUCCGUGCUAUAUACUGUACCAGCCACGUGUGUUAUUGGCUGUUUAUUGUACGAAUACCUUAACAGAUCCUCGUGGUACCUCUACAGCUAUCAAACCUCACCAAAUAUUGAAAUUUUCAUGCUCAAACUUUUUAUGUCACUGGUCGUGGGAAUAACUAGUGGCAUGUGGAUCUGGUCCGCUAAAACUGUGAGUUCCUGGAGAAACUUUGUCAAAAAAUUAUGUGUUAGGAAGCGAGACAGUAAACACAUAGAAUACAGCAUGCCUCACAAUUAUCAUCAGAUACCCUUAAAACCACCGAACCGUUCUAUCCGAAUGGACAAAACGAAGCGAGUGAAAUCCGAUGAGACGGUGGUAUGACUGACAUCUACUCUUUCAAAUUAAUUGUUGUGUUGUUGUGUUACAUUUUUGUCAGCGAGAUACCAAAAAAUGACUCUGUUACAGUCCCAGUAUAUCAUUGAUGUUCGACGAUGUCGGAAAGGAGGACGAAGAUGUUGAUGAUUUGUGCGGUGGUGAGUUGGGGGUGGGGGGUGGAGGUAAUACCCCUCCCCUUCUUAACUCACGAACGGAACUUUAUUUAAAGACUUGUUUUAUUACUAAAACGUGAUCUUGAACAUCAUUAUUAUGAACAAUGCAAUGCAUAUGUUGUACCAAAGAAAAACAAACAAAACAAAACAAAUAGACGCGCUUUUUAAAACAAUGUGGCAAUAUUGUGAAAGAAUGGACGACAAGUUUGUGUUAGGUUACUAGGAAAGUAGAUUGAUUCGGCUUUGAGGUUAAACUACACAGGAAUCGAUAAGAAGGAGUUUUGAAAUUCACGACAUGUCCGUUACGGUUUUGUUACCGAAUUCCCUUUCUUUUGAAUCGAUGGGAUCGAGGCGACAAAUUAUUCGGAAACUUUAAUGUCAAAACAAGAACCGAACUGUUUUUACAAUACUCAAUAACGUCAGGUGAAGAAAUGGGUAUAUAACUAUCUUUCGUGAUGAAGUUUUGUGAGUCAGUCGAGGUUUGGACCAACCUACAGUAAUAGAAAGAUAUAUUAUCAUAAGUUGAAAUGAAUACAAGGCGACAAGUUAUUAUUAUGUUCUAACUCUACGGGUAAUUUUUUUUUUUUAGUUUUGUUUUUAUUUCUCUAUUCGCCUAAUUGUCCCAAAGAUCAUCGCAAGAAUUAUUAAUUGUGACAAUAGAAGCAGAAACCAAAAGUCAAUGUGAAAUUACAUAUAUAUAAAAAGUUUAAACUUGUUUUUUUUUUGUGCCGUUUGUUUAGUGGUUACCUCUGAUUAAGCGAUAAAAAAGGACGAAGAGACGGAGUGUAGGGAUUGGUUAUUUAAAAUUGUGUAUUAUAAGUGUUAAAUGUUGAAUAUUAUUUUUAAAAAACGACUAUAUAUGUUGAUUUUUGAUGCAGUUUUUAUUUUAAGAAAGACGGUAAGGCAAGUUUUCGUUAAUACUGCACCAUUUUCUUGUUAGAGUAAAUUAUAUAUGACCAAAAUGAAGAACAUAUACAAAUGUUUCUCUUAAAUUCUUGGUCAAAUGAUUAAAAUUUCUACUCAAAAUGAUUAAAAUCUCUACUUAAAUGUAUGUUUCUCUCAAAUUCUUGGUCAGAAUUUCUACUUAAAUGUAUGUUUCUCUCUAUUUCUUGGUCAAAAUAAUUAAACUUUAUACUUAAAAGUUAUUAACUUUACUGUUCACUAAAGUAUUCUAUUUAAAGAAAAUGAAUUGUUUAUCAAAAUCACCAUAGUAACAAAACAACGAAGAAAACGAGAAAACUAUAUUUAGUCCCAAAAACUUGAAAUGAAGUUGAACCGGUAGGAGUUACGUGUAAAAUGUAAAUAAUGGAAAAUUGUGAAUGAAAACGUUUUUUCAAUGAA